CGGUCGCCAUCGUCAGUCUCGUCUCUCACCGACAAGCCCUUCCUUUCCUGUCUCUCCCCCUGCCUUCAUUCUUUUGCUUUUCUACCUAACCACAGUCGUUCACUUUGGAUCAAUAAUCAAUUCAGUCCAUUCCAUUAGGUCCCGUCACUCUUUCCGGGUCACUUACCUUCCUUUACGGUCUGAAUCCAGCAUCAUCAUCAUCAACACCACCACCACCACCACAACACCAUCAUCAGCAUCACCGCUAUCACACACAUACCACACUCUCUCUGCCACUCACCCUGGCAACCCAAACACUGCUAGACACUUAGUACUUACUACUACUAUACUACUAUCACUACUAAUCCUCCUGUGCCCACCUACUGCGGCCUAGGACGACACAUUCAUUAUUACCACAGAAAAGAAACGACUUUCAUAUUGUCUUGCGACAUUCCUCCAUUUGUUGCCAAUUUGCAAUCUCGCGAUAGCUUAUACUCACGCACACGACUGCUAUACGCCUUCGACAUCACACCUCCACCACCUCAGCCUUCCGCUCGACGCGCAACCUGAAACGGGCAAACAGGGUUGGCCAGCACUAGGCCAAAUCCAGGGACAUCUGGAUCCGUGUAUUGAGAGAUAAACAUCGUUCAACGCGCUCUUGGCUUUCAUUUGGAAACAAGGAAAGGACACCAGCGCUGCUCGCAAUGGCUACCGACAUAAUCAACCAGGAGACUUUGGCCCCGCCGUCAAUGAAGCAGGAAGCGCCUUCGCCAACCUCCAGCAUGACUCCUCUUCCUACUCCCACCUCGACCAGCUACCCCAAGGACAGUGUUUCGCCUUCUCCCUCUACUCCCGCCAAUGGCAACAAGAACCACAACCAGUCUUCGGCCUCGAGGCGUCCUCCCCGCAAGAGCACCCUUACUCAGCAGCAAAAGAACCAGAAGAGGCAGCGUGCGACGCAGGACCAGCUCACAACUCUCGAGAUGGAGUUCAACAAGAACCCUACCCCGACUGCCACUGUUCGCGAGAGGAUAGCAGAGGAAAUCAACAUGACCGAAAGAUCCGUCCAGAUUUGGUUCCAGAAUCGUCGCGCCAAGAUCAAGCUUCUGGCCAAGAAGAGCUUGGAAAGCGGCGAGGAUAUGGAUUCCAUCCCCGAGUCCAUGAGACAGUAUCUUGCGAUACAGGCGAUGGAGUCGGGCAAGGGUCUUAGUUACUUUGGUCGCACUGGUUUGCUGCCUUAUGGACACCAGGGCAUGCUCGGUGGUGAGCAAGGCGGACAGGGCAAAGUUUUGAUUCACCAUCUCACCUGCAAGUCGCUCACUAUUGGCAAGUGGAUGCGCGUGUCCCAAAACUCUAUGGAUCUCAUCAUCUUUUACUCCCCCGACAAGUGCACGAUGACCUACUACAUCAACAACGAGCAGGAAGGAUACAAGAUCGAGUAUCCCUUUUCUUACAUUAAGAAUAUUUACCUCAACAAUGGCGAUGGCGAUCAUAUGGGCGGAAUUACGAUUGAGCUCCUCCACCCGCCCCUCUUCUUCAUGGACGCCGCUGGCCAGGCUAGCGGUUUCUUCCAGGUUGGUGAUUUCACGGAGGACCAGCAAGCUUCAAGCGUGCUCACCCAUCACCUUGGUGGCAACCCCAAGAUUUUGAGCGGCCAGCUUGCCAAGCUUGUCAGCCUGGAGGCUUUCAUGCAUCGUCACAGCCCGAACCACAUGUUCCAGGAGAUGCACCACCCCAUGGCUCUGUCUGCGCCUGUUUCCCCAGCUCGUCCCUCUUCUCAGCCAAACUUUGCGCAGCCGCACGUGGGCAUGUUCCAGGAGAACCAAUGGGGGAUCAACGUUCAUCAGAACAACAACAUGAUGAUGCGGGGAGGACCUGGCCACAAGAGGCAGCGUAGCCGCAGUGUCCCUGGACCGAUCGAUUUCCAGACACUCCAAAUGCUCCAGCAGCCCCCAAGCUUCCACAUCACGCAACCUGAGCAUCAUCAGGCUCCCGUUCACAACCCCCAGAUCUUCGCUCCUAUCCCUCAGCAGCCCAACAUGCUGGGUCCUCUCAACCCCAACUUGCGCAUUGAUACCCAGGCUGGCUUUGGGUCGGUGGAUAUGCGACAGUAUCCCAUGUCGGCGACGACUGCUCCGCACUCACCGGCUGGCUUUAACAGUCCCAACUACUUCGCCCCUCCUGACAAUGGCAACAUGGCAGGUAGCUUCACCCCCUAUAGCGCUACUUUCUCGCCCAUGAUCAACCCCUCGAGCCUCGGUGUCCCGCCUCCGUCGAUUUCCCCGCUAUCGUUCGACCACCCUGCUAUCAUGAGCGAAUCUCCGCCGAUGUCUAUGCCUCCCAUCUGCGAGGGCUCCGCGAUUUCGGACGAUGGCUCCAACCACGACAUGUACCAGCCGGGCAAGCACAGUUACACACUUCCGAUGCAUCCUCACUCGCCAUUCGCUGAACCGAACCAAGCAGAAAUGGAGCUGAACCAGUACAUGGAUCUCAAACACUUUGAUGUUGAUCCCGCUUCUCUGUCUCCUGAAAGCAUUCACCAUACACAGUGAGCGGGUAAAUCAAAAUAUUUUUUUUUCCUUGUCUGCCUCGCAACACGGCUGUGUGUUGCGAUAGGUUAUAAGCCACCGAUGGUUCAUGACUCUUAUUCCUUAUAAUACCCCUCCGGAGAGUACACUCCCGGUUCGACUCCUUUUGGCGUUUAGAGGAUCUCGUUGUAUUUACCAGGACGCUCUGUUGCCUCCAUGUGUCGCUUCAAAAAGAAAAAAGCUUGACGACAUAUCAUCACAUUUUCCCGAUUUAAAAACUGCCAAGAAUUCCCCUCUUACAAAUGUUCUGUUCUUGUCCCAUUUCAUCCAUCAGCCACGAAAUCUACAAGACGAUACCUUGUCUUUUCAUGCGUGUCUGGCACAU